AUCGCAAGAAAAAUAUAUUCAAUCAAAAUCAACAAGCAAAAGUCAUUGCGUCCUGCAACCGUUUUUGCUGUUUAAUCUCUCUCUCGUUCUGCUUCCUUCCAUUUUCCACCCUCUCUGAUUUGAUCUUCCAACCUAAAACGCCAUUGAUCCAACCCCUCUUCGAUCUCAGAUCUCAAUCCAUCCUCUUCCCACAAGACCCCCACAUUUCAUUGCAUUCUCCUUUUCCCUAAAAAAUCCCUCAGAUCUUCGCCGCAUUUCCAUCUUCCAAUGGCUACGAUGGAGAGCUUGAUCGGUUUAGUCAACCGAAUCCAGCGAGCCUGCACUGUCUUGGGAGAUCAUGGCGGUGAGGGAAUGUCCCUCUGGGAAGCUCUUCCUUCCGUCGCCGUCGUCGGAGGACAGAGUUCCGGUAAAUCUUCAGUGCUGGAAAGCGUGGUCGGUAGAGACUUUCUUCCUCGUGGAUCCGGCAUUGUAACGCGACGACCAUUGGUGUUGCAACUUCAUAAGACAGAUGAAGGACGAUCUGAAUAUGCAGAGUUUCUCCAUGCCCCAAAGAAGAAGUUUGCUGAUUUUGCUUCUGUGCGUAAAGAAAUAUCAGAUGAGACUGAUCGGAUUACUGGGAAGUCAAAGCAAAUCUCAAAUAUACCAAUUCAUUUGAGCAUAUAUUCUCCAAAUGUUGUAAACUUAACGCUCAUAGAUCUUCCUGGGUUGACAAAGGUUGCUGUAGAAGGACAACCCGAGUCUAUUGUUGAAGAUAUUGAAAACAUGGUCCGCUCUUAUGUUGAGAAACCUAACUGCAUUAUACUUGCAAUUUCUCCUGCUAAUCAAGAUAUUGCAACUUCAGACGCUAUAAAGCUUGCAAGGGAAGUUGAUCCCUCAGGUGAAAGAACGUUUGGAGUGCUUACAAAACUCGACUUGAUGGACAAGGGAACUAAUGCUCUGGAUGUUCUUGAAGGAAGAGCAUACAGGUUGCAGCAUCCAUGGGUAGGGAUUGUAAAUCGUUCACAAGCUGAUAUUAAUAAGAAUGUAGACAUGAUUAUUGCGCGCAAAAAGGAGCGUGAAUAUUUUGAAACAAGCCCUGAGUAUGGACAUCUAGCCCAUAAGAUGGGCUCAGAAUAUCUUGCUAAACUUUUGUCCCAGCACUUGGAGAGGGUUAUCAGGCAACGGAUUCCGAGUAUCAUUGCCUUGAUAAAUAAGACAAUUGACGAACUGAAUGCGGAGUUGGACAGAAUUGGCAGACCUAUAGCAGUAGACUCGGGGGCACAAUUGUACACUAUUUUAGAAAUGUGUCGUGCCUUUGACCGUGUGUUCAAGGAACAUCUGGAUGGAGGGCGGCCUGGUGGAGAUAGAAUAUAUGGAGUUUUUGACCAUCAACUACCUGCUGCCCUGAAGAAAUUACCUUUUGAUCGUCAUCUUUCUUUAAAAAAUGUCCAAAAAGUUGUGAGUGAAGCUGAUGGUUACCAGCCUCACUUAAUUGCUCCAGAACAAGGAUACAGGAGGCUUAUUGAUGGUUCAAUCAGCUAUUUCAAGGGUCCGGCUGAAGCUUCUGUUGAUGCUGUGCAUUUUGUAUUGAAAGAACUUGUUCGUAAAUCUAUAGCUGAAACAGAGGAACUGAAAAGAUUUCCAACACUUCAAUCGGACAUUGCAACAGCUGCAACAGAGGCAUUAGAGAGAUUUCGUGAAGAAAGUCGAAAAACAGUUCUACGGUUGGUUGAUAUGGAGUCUAGCUACCUCACCGUAGAUUUUUUCCGAAAGCUGCAUAUGGAACCAGACAAAAAUCCUAAUCCUACCCCAACGGGACCAAAUGCGGACCGCUAUACAGAUAACCAUUUCAGAAGGAUUGGUUCAAAUGUGAGUUCUUAUAUUGGGAUGGUUUGUGACACAUUGAAAAAUUCAAUUCCAAAAGCUGUCGUCUACUGUCAAGUUCGAGAGGCCAAGAGAUCAUUACUAAACCAUUUUUAUGUUCAAGUUGGAAAAAGGGAGAAGGAACGUCUUGGUGCUAUGUUGGAUGAGGAUCCAGCACUGAUGGAGAGAAGAACAACCAUAGCUAAAAGACUCGAGCUUUACAAGUCAGCUCGAGACGAAAUCGACUCAGUUGCAUGGAAAUGAGGAUCACGGAUUCGAGCUACUCACAUUUUGUUUAUCACACGAAACUUUGUCAAGAUGGACCUCAAUCUCAUUAUGGACAAACUAAUUCCCUAUUCUUUUUUGCAAUACCUUUCAGCUUGGAAAAUAGGUUAGAACAAGCAAGUUGUUAAAGCACCAUUUUAGUUGCUAGCCUACGAUCGACAAUGCACAAUUGUCGUUUUUUUUCUCCCAUUCAUUUCUUCAAAAGGUUUCUCCAUUCAUUUCUUAUGUCAUUGUGUACAAUAACUAUAAGUAGCUCUUAAAUUUUAUUUCAUAAAUUUUUAUAGAUCCGAGAAGAAGACAUCAUUGUCAUUGAUUGA